GAAGGGAGGAGACAGGAGAAGGAGAGAUUCUUGGUGUUUUUACACACGGCCCCCUCGAGCGACGUGUGUAUUUCAGCGAGGGGUUUGACCGCCUCGCCUUGGUGGGCCGGCCUGCCUGCCUGUUUGGUGGCCCAGGCCUGGCUGUCAGGCAACAACCUUCUCUUCUUCUCGCUCUUCCUGGAGGCUGGAGGUGGAGGACGACGAGGCCUGGCCGCCUGGCUGUGGGGUUCCUCUCUCUCUCUCCCUCUGCCGUCCCUGAGCUCGCCGCAGAUCCUGCGUCCCCAACCCCAUGUCCUCGCCGCCUGCGGAGGAGGAGGAGGAGGCCACAGACGUGGAGACCGAGGAGGAAGAUGCGGAGGAAGCUAGGGUUUCGGCGGCUGCGGCGGCGGAUGAAGAUGACAGCGGGGAGACGAGGACCACCUGCUGCGUGUGUAUGGAGCCAUCGACCUGCAGCGGCGCACAUCGUCUCUGUUGCAUUCCCUGUGGACAUGUGUAUGGCAGAUCGUGCCUGGAGAAUUGGCUGAGUGCUUGCGGCAAUACAAGCGCAAAGUGCCCUCAGUGUGGUGAAGCAUUUCAACGCAAGCAUAUUAUCAACCUCUACAUACCAGGGAAUCUGUGGGAUGGUUGCUGUCGCAUACAGGAAGUAGAAGCACAUUAUUCUAGGGUUGCCAAGUAUUUAGCAGUUCUUGCGCCUUUAGCAAGACGGCAUGCGUCUGAAGCCAAGUCAGAAGCGCAAUUUGUGUCUGAAGUUGCUGACAAGCUAGAAGUGCUAGCUCAGUCUGUCGGUGCCGAGGACCAGGACGUGGAUAAGAAGUUGGUUCAGGAUGUAUUGGCGAUGGUUAUGACUAGCUAUGCAUCAGUGAAGGGGCAGGUGGAGAUGGCACAUAGACACUAUGAGGACCUACUCGAAUUCGUGGUUCAGAGCUUCGAUGGACUGCUGGAACCCGAUUAUUUGAAAUGAUGAGUGGUGGUCGUGCCUUUUAAUUUUGCAGUUGCCAUACUGAUCAGGUGCCUUUUGUGUCGUACUUGUAUAGCAUCUGAUUCUGACGUGUAUAUAUAUAUGAGACCAGCGUUGCUGGAGACUUGGGGAUAUGUAGCUGGCCCGGCCCGAUCAUGUCGUGUGGGAAUGCAAUGCAGGAUUGGUUUAGUAGGGACGACAUUACCUUAUGCUGAUGUGCACUUUUGAUGACUGUCGACUGAUGAUUGCCCUUCAAUUCUUAACUGAUACUAGGUGCUUGAAUGGAAUUGGGUGUUUACCUC